AUGACUGGCUCGCGCAAAAUCACUGAUUACAAGGCCCUCACCUUUGACUGCUUCGGCACCCUCGUCGACUGGGAGUCUGGCAUCUACAACAUGUUCCAGCCCCUGCGCAAGCAGCUCCCCGCAUCGCACCCCAACCACGAGGACCGGGUCUACUUCCUCAAGUCCUUCAUCAAGAACGAGGGCAUCGUCGAGCACGCGAAUCCCACCGCGCUGUACCCCGACGUCCUCGCCGACACCUACCGCGCCGUCGCCCGGGAGCUGGACCUCGACCCCAAGGACGACGACGCCAUCGCCUUCGGCGGCGCCGUGGGGGACUGGCCCGUCUUCCCGGACACGCAGGAGGCCCUCAAGCGCCUGCAGCGGCACUUCAAGCUCGUCAUCCUCUCCAACGUGGACAAGGCCUCCUUCGGCCGCGCCCUCACCAACCAGCUGCCCGAGAUCCAGUUCGACGCCAUCUAUACGGCGCAGGAGAUCGGCACUUACAAGCCCGACCCCAACAACUUCCGCUACCUCGUCGACCACUGCGGCAGCGAGCUGGGCGUGCAGGCCGACGGCAUCAUCCACACUGCCUACGCCAUCCCGCACGACCUCGUUCCCGCGCACAAGGCGGGCCUGGCGACGUGCUGGAUCGAGCGCGGCGUCGAGUUCCCCGCCGUGUGCGGGGGGGCCGACAACAAGGAGGCGUAUGCGCACGAGUCCGGCUGGGCGUGGCAAUUCAAGACGAUGAAGGACAUGGCCGACUACGUGGACUCUCUGUGA